GUCACACUGCAUGAAGCAUAUCAUCUGUCACCUAACAUUUCAAUGGAUUUUGUAGCAAAAUAGCCACACAACAGCAGUGGGUCGACAUCAUUACAAUAACUGAAAUUGAUUAGUCAUCGAAUAAGCACAUAAUCCGUAGCAGACAUCAGCGUCAUUAGUCUUCUGUUGGCUUUGCAGAGAGAUGUUUACAUCCCAGACCUCUUCCUUUCAGGAGUCCAUGGACGUGGAUGCAGAAUUUGACAGCGAAGAAAUCGCCGGAUACAGCCAGAAAAUACAACCGAUUAACAGCUACUAUGCCAUAUAUUACUACCAGAGCACAAGUCUCACCCUACUGGACACCAGUUUACCAUCAGAGGCGGAGCUAGAACUGCAUAGCUACAUCUCCCGCAGGUUGAACAAGGGUGCUCUGCUUGGUGGUAUGGGAAACAUUGCCACAGUGGAUCUAAGCAUUCCUGAGCAAGCGGUGGGCUGUUACUGCUGUCUGCUGGAACAGGAGAAAUCUCCUGAACAGCCUGAGGCUGAUGGCAAUGGCUGGGUGGUGUGUCUUCUUGGAGAAUCAGAGAAGGGUCUGAAUCUAUUCAGAAUUGAGCUGGACAAGUAUGUCCAGGGUCUGCAGGGUAGUUUGACCCAAGAGAUGCAGAAUUUGGAGAUGGAUGUCAGGCCCUACCUGAACCGCUGGUAUGAAGAAUCAGUUAUGCAUAUUCACAGAGUGGUUCAGCUGUUGCAGGCGAACAUUGGGUACCUUCUACAUGCUGCUUUGAGUCACAAAACUGUAGAAGUCACAGGGGCAGAUGAGAAGACAAAAGCAGAUGUAGCUAGAUUUAUCAAAGCAGCAGGCCUCCAGGGUCUAGUCCAAGAAGACACUGCCACAGCAUCUCUGUGUAUGGCCAUCUCAGAGGACUUGCACACCAAUCUGAUAAUCAACUGCUCCACCAGUCCACCCACACUUACCAAUGCAGUCAGUAAUCAGUUCUGUGAUGACUGGAUCCAGGCCUUCCUCAAUUGUGCUGAGCGCUUUAACCCUUUUCUCCUCCGUCAGAUCGUGGAGAACUUUAAACUGAAGGCCAUUCAGGACAUGAACAACCUGAAGCGCUUCAUUCGUCAGGCAGAGAUGAGCCACUAUGCCCUGUUCCGCUGCUGUUUGUUCCUGCAGAGCUGCGGAAAUGGAGACGUUCUGCUGCAGAAUGCGCGUGCUGAGCACAGCAGCCUUCCCGAGGCCUGCGGAAUCAUUAAAGUUCUGGAAGAGUUCCUCGGUGAGCAUGCGCAGGGCACACAGUACUGACGCCUCUCUGUCCGCAGGGUGCCACAAGGUUUCAAAAACUCACCUGUCCGAGAACCAUCAAAGCCAGUGCUUUUCAAUUCCGUUCAUUGAGGGCUGCCAUCCUGCAGAGUUCCGUUCCAGCCCUGCGCAUACACACUUGCUGUAAUUUUCAAGUAAUGCUGAAAAUUUUGAUCAGCUUAUUCAGGUGUUUGAUGAUUAGGGUUGGAGCAAAACUCUGCGUUAAUGGAAUUGAAAACAGAUUCAAUUCAAUGGACCAACUGAAAAUACUACAUGCUCCAGCUUUAUUUAAAAAAAAAAGAUUGGUUAUUUAUAUAUAUAUAUUAACACUAUAAUGUUUAUAUGUAACACCUGAUUCUAGUAUGUCGUAGCCGAUGUCUUACGCAUCAUUUAAAGAUGUGCGACGUUAAACAAAGUGUUAAGCAGACAGUCCUGUACAUUAAUGGUUUGUAACACUGAAGAAGGAAGCUAAUCCUUUUAUCAUGAAGCUCAGCACAAGCCAAUAGCAUGAUAGCUUUUUUACACUCUGACAAAAACAACAGAUUACAGUGGAAAUUACACUUACCUUUUAUAGUCUGAUAUUUUUUUUUUUUUUUUUGUCCAAGUGAUAAAUUUGCUAAUAUUUGAGUACUUUUGUAUUUAGGUCUAUGAUUUAGGAGUUUUUCGAGAAUUUGUGACUUCAUAAUUAAUUCUUUUUCAUAUUUCUCCUUAAUGGCUAUCUCAUAAUUUUUCUUACCAAAGACCGACAAGACCUUAAAAACUGUAUGUGUAUAUAUUGAUCAUGUUGUAAAACGUGUUUCUAUCUUGAUUUGACGUGACUGUACUGUAAUUUGUGCCAGCAACAUUUCAUUCUGUCGGAACUUGAAAGAAUUAAAGCAGUGUGAAAAUAA